UCUUGACGUGUUUCGUUCAAUCCCGUUUGUGUAGUCUAUUAUUAAAGUUGGAAGAAUAGAUCAGCAUAGAUAUUAAUAGUAUUCUUCGCUUGUGCGUGCAAUGUGUUUAUCGAAUCAAUAAAAUAACAUUAAAAUUAAACGCAUAAAUUGGACAUCGCAAGUUUGUCGCAGUUGCAUGAUCGUUAAAGGAAGCACGUUUUGUUUCUGGGCUUGAUUAUGUUCACUGCUUGUCUAAUAUAAGCAUAUAAUUUCGUAAUAUUCGCGACAAAAGACAAAAUGUUGACUCCACGCUUUGAACUUAGCCAGACUGACACGGAACUUGCAAUAAUUAUACAUGCUCCGUACGCUAAUAUAAAAGAUGCAGAAGUGAGUGUUGAGGGGACAGAUUUCAGAUUUUUUUCCACUCCGUAUUAUCUAAGAUUAAAAUUACCAGGUGAAAUAGAGGAGAAUGAUUCAUCUUCUGGUUCUUACAACUGCGAAAGCGGUACUUUCUCUCUAAAAUUCUCAAAAGUAAAUAAGGGAGAGCAUUUCGGAAACUUAGACAUGAUAACUACUCUCUUGGCACCACCGAAAAAGAGGAGUACCAUCAUUCCUAACAUCGAAGUAAUUGGUAAUCCAUCUGCAGAUUCGGCAGACGUAGCUGAAAACUUAAAUGAUAACGUUACUGCGGAUAAUGACAAUUCAGAAGAAUGGUUUUUCCCACAAAACGUUCCGCAGACCACAGAAAAUGUAUCAUUCCUCAAUCCAAAAUAUGGUUUUGCAAACAAACUAUCGGGAGCUUUACAUGCUUUUGAACCAGCAUGGAUCAGAGAAAUAAUAGAUCUCCCCACUCCCGACACAACUCCUGAAGAAGAAAGAAAGAAUUUACGAAAGAAACGUGAAUCGGAGGAUUUUAAAGAAGACCACUAUAUGGCAGAUCUCAUGGAGCCAGAAUGUAUUGAACCGUAUAUAACACAUACAGCAGAGUGGGAUACGUUGCAGAAAGAUGAUAUUACGUUUACCGGAGAGGAGGUUGAUUUGUUGAAGGAAUUGCCGAAUAAGGAAUUCUUAUUAGACGCUGCGGACAUUCGUGGAUUGUCGUUUGCUCUUGUAGAUAUUUUAUAUGCCAGUUGUUACAAUUAUCGAACCACAGAAGGAGAAAAUACCGUGGAAAGUGGUUGGACCGUUAAUAAAUUAAGUUCUACGUUAUGUUGGUUCCAAAACUUUACUUCAAUGGAUGAAGUUGUAACAGCGUGCUUUCGAAGGUCACUUUGUUACCCACUUUUUAGGAAUUGGCGGCUCUCCAUGAAAGUUCUCGAUGAUGUUAAAAAAGUUCUUUCAUUAGGGAAAAAAUAUGUUAUUAAACGCUACUGCGAGGUGCACAAACUUUUUGUUCACUCGUAUGAACCACGCUACAUAUUAAAUCAAUUAUAUAUACAGGAUUUUUUAAUUUGGUUGCAAAGUUGUCCCGAAUCCUUAAUAGAAUCAGCACAUUCUAUGUUAAAUGAGAUUCAGCCAAGCAAGGCAAGCGUGGGACUGGAUUUAGUAGAACUCGAAGCAGCAGCUUAUUCCGUUCAAGAAGAGGGGCUUGUCAUAGAAAAUGCUGUUCACAAAAUGGUCGAAGAGUUUGAUCAAAUGAAUAUGAAUAAUGCUACAAAUGCUACAAACCAGUCAAAAACUAUAUAUCAUGUUAAUCAAAAAGAAUUUAAACAUUUGUUAUCCAGCAGUUCGAGUUCAGAAAGCAGCGAUACAGAUUCUGACAGUAGUACCACUUCAAGCACUAGUAGCAGCCCUCUUGACUCUGAUGAUUUUAGCGAGCCUGAAUGAGGUAAAGGGGACAAUUAACAAAGGAGAUAAAUUGAAAUCCUCGAUAAUUUCUUCAUUUUGCUAUAAUUAUAUUUUAUUUUGCUAUAAUUAUAGUUGUACUAUAUUUUUGUAAAAAUAAAUAGUAAUCUUCGUGUUAUAUUAACCAUUUACUAAGGAUAAGGAAAAUCGUAAAAUAUUGAAUCUUAUUUUUUUAUCGUAGUAUUGUACUUACACAUAUUCGUGAUACUUUAUAUGAUACUUUGCACGAUGUGAAUCUGCCACCUAUAAUUUUUAUGGUAACGAUGAUCUUCCAUAUAUUAUGCUACGUAAGUCAUGUUAUGUAAAUCAUGUUGAAUUUAUAUUUGUGUAAAAAAUAAUAUACAAAAGUUUACCUAUGAUAAAA